AAUCUGUGGGAGUUGCAGUGUGAGAGUUGACUUACCAGAAUUUCCCAAAAUUCAAGCAGCCAGUCUUAUUCUUUAGUUGUUGCCUUCUUCAGCCUCCGGCUUUUAUCAUAUUCCGGAGCUUGUAUGGCGGCGGCGGCGGCAGCGACGACCUCCAAUUUUGAUCCUCAACUUAUCAUUUCUCACAAAUUCCCCGAGAAAACAUUUACUUAUACAGAAAGAGAUGUAGCUCUAUAUGCUCUGGGAGUUGGAGCUUGCUUGAAGGAUGCUUUGGAUGACAAGGAACUUAAGUAUGUUUACCAUCCUGAUCACGCCCACCAGCAAUCCAUCCAGGUCUUGCCAACCUUUGCUGCUUUGUUUUGUCAUGGAGUAAGUUCAGAAAUUGGGCAGCUUCCUGGUGUUAGAUAUGAUCCACGCCUUCUAUUGCACGGGCAACAGUACAUUGAAAUCUACAAGCCACUUCCUUCUAGUGCUUGUAUACAGAAUGUAGCGAGCAUAUCUGGACUGCAUGAUAAAGGUAAGGCGACUGUUCUGGAAAUUGAAAUUCUAAGCUAUGAGAGAGAGUCUGGUGAGUUAAUAUGCAUGAACAGGAUGGCUGUCUUUUUGAGAGGUUUGGGGGGGUUCUCAAAUUCAGCUCAGCCAUACUCAUAUUCAAAGCAUCCCGUGAAUCAGACAUCAAGUACUAGACUCCCAAAAAGUCCACCAUUUGCUGUGUUUGAGGAAUGCACUCAACCAUCUCAGGCAUUACUUUACAGGCUUUCCGGAGAUUACAAUCCUUUGCAUUCAGAUCCCAGAAUUGCUGAAAUUGCUGGAUUUUCCCGUCCAAUAUUGCAUGGGCUUUGCACACUCGGCUUUGCAGUUAGGGCUGUCAUCAAAUGUAUCUGCGGAGGUGAUCAAAAUAGAAUCAAGAGCAUAUCUGCCAGAUUCCUGUUACAUGUCUACCCUGGAGAAACUUUGAUAACAGAAAUGUGGCUUGAUGGCCAGAGAGUAUUGUACCAGGUGAAGGUGAAGGAGCGAAGCAGGGCUGUGCUUUCUGGGUUCGUGGAUCUUAACCUGUUAAAUUCAUCUCUUUGAAAUUGCUGGUGAAUAAUAUUGUAGAUUCCAAAUAAUAUCAGUAUGGUGCAAAUAAGCAAGCAGAGCAGCUUGAUAGUGUGUUAACAACUGACAAAAUUUGGUAUAUUCUGUGCGUUUAUACUACUGUAUCCUGUGUGUUUGUGGAAAGUGCAAUAGCAGAGCCAUCGUUCAAAAAAUAUAGCGCACUCAUGCGAAGUUCAACUUGAACUCGAACGCCCGAAUUGAGGCAAAAUUUUGGUC